GCCGAGCUUGGGCCUCCGUGGGGAUGGAUGCCGUCUCCGGCACAGAUCAAACAGGGAAGCGGUACUGGCAGCGCAUCGAGGACAAGUUCCAUAAGCUCAUGCUGCGCGUUCGCCAUCCUGUCGAUCGCACCUACCGAUCCCUCCAAGGUCGUUGGGACGCGAUCAAACCGGCGUGUAGCCGGUGGGCAGCAGCAAUGGACCAAGUGGUGUCCAAUCCUCCAAGCGGCGCAACUGUCGACGAAUAUGAUCGCAUUGCCGAUGCUAGGUACAGAGACAUGGCCGGCAGCAAGGGCAAGAGCUUCACCAUGCGUCAUUGCUUUGAUGUGCUCCAGCACCUCCCCAAGUGGAAAUUGAGGAAUGAAGAAGUCGCACCGAAGAAGGAUGCAAUGGUUGCACUCGACGACACCGAGGACGGGAAGGAUGGCAGGAACGCCGACAAGCCGGAGGGGAACAAGAAGGCGAAGGAAAGGCUCAUGCUCGAGGGGGAGGCUGCAUUGUUGAGGGACAAGUUCGACCAAAUGAUGAAGUCGAAGGAGGUGAUAGCGACCAAGACUUUGGAGACCAAGCGUGUCAUCAUCGAGACGAAGAAGGAGGUGAGCCUUGCAAAGCUUGAAGCCAGCCGAGAGGAAGCAAGGAGCAAAGCCAAGUUGGAGGAGAUGAAGAUCAAUGUCAAGAAGGCCAAAGCAACGGAGCAACUUUUGGCCGAAGAGAGGGAGAUCAUGAUGAUGAAUGAUAACGCGUGA